AGUGUGUUCAUACACCAUAUUGUUACUUCAUACAGAAUGCGAGUUGCACACUUCGCCAGUAGCGGCGCCCUGGGGUUCCGAGGCGCCCAACCCACCACUAAUCACCGACAAUGCGACGCAAACCAAUUCGAACCAGCAAAACAACUCGCGCAGGCGAACGAACAAAUUUUCAUGCGCUGUGGCAACCAACUGCUUACUGGUCUCGCUGCAAGCCUUCCAAGGGGUAGAGGAAAAGAGUCGGCGAAGUAAAGUGUGCUAAAAUAUUGCAAGUUGAUUACGGUAUUUACUAUCCCAUGCGCAGCAACUCUUGUCCAGCAUUCAUUUACA